AUGCAAAUAUCGUCGUCAUUAUCCGUCAGUUUCGAUGAAGUUAAUACUGAAUCAUUUCACAUAUUACCAAAUAGUAAUCUAUCGAUAGUAUUUCGUUUUUUACGUCCUGGUGAUCAAUCAGAAGUUAAAACUCUUUGUCAAGAUUGGUUUCCGAUUGAAUAUCCCGAUAAAUGGUAUGAUGAUAUAGUUCAAAAUAAAAAGUAUUUCGCUUUAGCAGCAUGUGAUACUCAUACACAGAAUAUUGUGGGUAUAAUUGUUGCUAAUAUACUUCUAUUAGGCCAUUGUAAUCGUGAAGAUCAACAAAUUCUAAAUAGAAACUUUACAUUUACAACAUCGGCCUGUUAUAUAUUAACAUUAGGUGUAAUUAAACAAUACCGGCGGCAAGGUUUAGCUAGUAUUUUAUUUGAAAAUUUAUUAACGACAUUAACUAAAUAUGAUACAUGUAAAGUUAUUUAUCUACAUGUUUUAUUUUCAAACAAGCAAGCAAUAGAAUUCUACGAGUCAAAAUUAUUUCAAUGUCGUGUCCAUUUACCAGCUUAUUAUUUAAUUAAACACGAAUAUUUAGAUGCAUAUUGUUUUGCUCGUUAUAUAAAUGGUGGCUAUCCGCCAUAUACUUUUUCGGGUUUUUUAUCUAAUACAUGGACAUGUUUAAUGCGCGCAAAUCCGUGUCAUUUACUCUAUACAAUCAGAAAUUUUGUGAAAAACAAAUUCCUAGAUACAAACUCAUAUCAACGUGCAUCAUCAUACAAACAGAUCUCACACAUAAUAUGA